CAAGGACUCUCCUUGUUUCUAACUUCCUCCUCGAAUGCUGUGUAUGAUUUCUUUUCCUGUGGAAUUCAUAACAUCCAUAAAAUCUUUCACUUCCAAUACAACGCUACGUUAGUCAUAUAAAAUGUGAGGCAGCACGAAUUAAAACCACAACCCGAUGUUUGGAAAGAAGAAAAUCAACGAUCCAUCCAACGAAUGGACAAAGACGGGAAGUUUCCUCCAUAAGCCUGAUAGAGGGUGGCUUCAUUCGGAGGGAAGUCUACGAGAAGGCGGCGUUUGUUAUGCCGUAAAGUAUGUCGGUUGCUUAUCCGUCGAGAAGUCCAUGAGAACGUUGCCAUACGAAGUGCGUCAGCAAGUCACAAGGGAGGCCAUUUUGCGCUGUUGUGAGGCUGCAGGGUAUCCUCUUCCAAAACGGAAAAAGCCCCAUAAAAAUGUAUCAAGAAUUCUUGGAGAAACACCCAACAUGAAUCACUCUGGGACAAAUGUUAACCUGACUAUUUCUGCUACUGGUAUGAAAAUGGUGGACAUGAACAAUGGGCGUAGGAUUGCCAAUCAUGAUAUGCAAGGAAUCUCAUUUGCAAGUGGUGGAGAGAAGGAUUGUGUAAACAUGGUUGGAUAUGUAGCAAAGGAUGAAGUGAAUGGGAGAGCGUGCCACGUGUGUGAUUGUGGAGGGGAGUUGGCUUAUGAUGUCAUCAACACUGUGGGGCAAGCAUUUGAGAUCCGUUUCAAAAUGUUUCUGCAAAACCCACCCCAAGCCAUGGAAGUUCCUGGAAAGUUUUCUGAGACUUCAAUAUUUGAUGACCCAGGUGAACCUCAAUACAAUGAAAUUGGAGAUUAUUCUGAACCCAAGGACGCAGGUUUCUCCAGGCAGAAUAGGGCCCCCUCUGAUUACCAAGUUCCUCCGCCUGUACGGAAUAGUGAUGGAGGCUAUGCCAAGCUGCGCUCAACUUCAGAUGAAGGAGUAGCAGGCUUGUAUGAUAGCGCAGAUAGCUAUCGAAAUGCUGAACUUCCAAAGAUUCCAGGCAGCGGUUAUGCUGUGCCUUUUGCCAGACCAGAUUCAGGGCUUGACCUUAACCCAAGAGAAAGUUUAGACUUUGCUGCUGGCGCUAUAUAUGAUAACCCUGAAGACCCUGAUGAUGGCAGAUUAGGCUUCUAUAAUAACCCUCUAGCAGGAGCAAGCACUGACCCUAGGCUCCCUGCCAGAAUGGACAGCCUUUCUAGAGAUGACGAUAUACCAGAAUAUCACAACCCAGAAAGCCGGUUCAGCUCGCCACCACAACCUACGCAUGCUCCUAAAAACUUAAUGGACGAUGAUAUACCGGAGUAUCAUAACCCAGAAACACAGUUUAGCUCGCCAUCAUCUGUGCAUGCUCCAGUGGCUUCCACGCGGUCUUCGUCAUUCAUGCGUGCUGUGAGUGGUGGAGAACCUGCUAAUGGAGCUGCAAGUCAAGUCUCAAACGGUACUGGAUGGGCAACCUUUGAUGACCCUCUCCCAACCCCUCCCCCUAUGUCCACCCAUCCAGAAUUCACAAGCAAACCUCCUCCACCACCAGUCGCCUCCAAGCCACCGCCAAAACCUGUUCCAUAUGCCAAGAAAAAAGCUGAAAAGGAAAAGAUGAGUUUGAAAGAGGUACAAAAUGCAUUGCCGCCCCAAGCUCCCCCAGACUCUCUGGUUCAGAAGGACUGGUACCAUGGUCCCAUCUCGCGCGGCGAGGCUGAGCUGCUUCUAGAAGAUGAAGGCGAUUUCCUUGUGCGAGAAAGCAAAAGCCAGCCCGGGCAAUAUGUAUUGUCAGGGAUCAAAGACAAACAGGCUCGGCAUCUUCUUUUAGUGGACCCUCAAGGACAGGUCAGGACGAGAGACAAGGUCUUUGAGAACGUCGAUCAGCUGAUAUCGUUCCACCUCAUGAACCAAGUCCCCAUCAUUUCCGCCGGCAGUGAGGUCACGAUCAAGCAUCCUGUUCUCAGGGGUUAGAAGUUAGUGCUAUCCUAUCAGUGUGGUAGUGUACUAUAAGGUUUUGUUUACUGCGAGAAGGCUGUUCAGGAAAGCAACUUUUUGUUUUGGGGGAAUAAUUUUUAUAACAAAUAUGUUAUACUCAAAUUGUAUUCCAUUGACAAAAAAACACCCCUUUCAUUUUCUGCGACAGAGUACCCAUACAGCGCAUCAAACACCUUCAAGUUGUGUUAGGAUAGGGAUAUUAUAUUGUGGGGGUGUUGCAGUUUGUUAUAAAGACUUCCGGUUUAAUAUUAUAGGUAUAGUAGUAGUAUAAGUGAUAGUGUAGUAUAUGAGUAUUUGAGUAUAGUAGCUUGAUAAUUUUUUUGUAUAAAAUGCUUGUUUAAAUAUUAUAUAAAAUUAUAUACGGCUUUAUAUCUACUGUAAGCAUUGAAAAGGAGUGUUUUUAUUUUAAAUCUUUCAUAGUUUUUUUCCAGCUGUGAUUGUAACUCUUGCUUAUUAAGGAAUUUAAGAAGCCAUUUAAGAAACUCGAUGAGAAAUAGAGCUAAUAAGUGAGUUAAAUAUGUGGGCAAAACAGCACGCGAACCUUGGCUAAACAGCCGAUUUCAGGACAAAUUUGUUCGAGAAGAAAAACAGGGUCUACUCCGCAUCAGAUGUCACACAACAUGUCAUACAAUUUGUCACACAUAGCUUCACAGAUUCAGAUGUCACACAAAAAAGAUGGGGGAGUGUGGGGGAGUGGGGGGGGGGGGGUAUUGCGGGUCCAUCCUUUCUCUCACCAUUGUGUUGUGUGUGCCAAGAGACCAUGAAAUAUGAUACAUCAUGGUUUCUUGUGUAUGUUCAUGUCAAAUAGUUGUUCCUCCUUGUUUCCUUACGAAGUCUGUAAAAAUGCAUGCGAGCAUUCUGAACAUAGUUUACAAUAAAGUACAAACUAUUUGUAAA